GGUUCGUUAUGUGUUUUGGAGAGCCCUAAAUUAAAGGUUGCAUAGUCAUGUGUUUUAGUUUUAGUUUAGUCUGACUGUCUGACUUUUACCUGUAUUUCUGAACUCCCAGUAGAAACAAUGCGGUGCUGGUACAUUGCAGCUGUUCUUUUGUGGACUGUCGGAGCCACAGAUGGAAAAGCAGUCCCUUCACUUCCAGAUUUUGGGAGGACCUAUCAUGUCAAGGGAGUGAUCUCUCUGCCCUAUGCUGAGAUUAAGGAGCCAUUUGAGGGAUGGUUAGACCUAGACACAAAGUCCAGCCGAAUAGAUUACUACCAUGGCCAAGUGUCGACGUACCAGAUGGGAGCGGAGCAGCAGUGGGGGGUUUCCUAUAAAAUCACUCCAGAGACCACUGAGACAGAGCUGAAUGUGAUGAAGUGUUUCCAGGUCAACGGAACAAAGGAUGAAACCGUCACACCACAAGCAUCUCUGCCUGAUGUUGAGGGAUUCCAGUUUCUAAGGAUGGAGUACUAUGGAGGAUCCCUGUGUGAAGUCUGGCAGAAUGUGACCACAGUGGGUUACAAGAAGAACACAUACACACUGUGGGUGACCCAUUCUGAGAAAGAUGCAUUUGGCAAGAAAGAUCCAGCCACACCCCUCCACUAUGAGAUGAUUGGAUACAACACGCUGCUGGGAUCCCACUAUGACAAAUACUUGGUAGACUACAAGGAGUUCAGCACUAGCGUGGACCCGAAAGUAUUCUCACUACCUGAAGGUAUGACCUGUGGAGGUUUUCCUGGUCCAGGAGUUGAGCACCACAUCUUGGCCAAUCCGAUGAAAGAGCUCAUCCACACGUCAGCUUCAGGCCACUCGGAGCGCAUGUUCAACCAUUUCAAGGAGAAGUUCCAGCGUCAGUACAGCGACGAAAGGGAGCAUGAGAAGAGGGAGCAUGCUUUUGUUCAUAAUCUCAGGUUCGUCCACUCCAAGAACAGAGCAGGGCUGCCCUUCUCCCUGGCUCUAAACUCACUGUCAGAUCGCACCAUGUCAGAGCUGGCCACCAUGAGGGGAAGAAGACAGGCAAAGACUUCAAACAGAGGCCUUCCUUUCCCUUCCAAGAUGUACGAAGGAGUGGAAACGCCCGAGUCACUUGACUGGAGGCUUUACGGUGCUGUGACCCCAGUGAAGGACCAGGCCAUAUGCGGCUCCUGCUGGAGCUUUGCCACCACUGGAGCAGUAGAGGGUGCUCUCUUCCUUAAGACUGGCUCCCUGCAGGUUCUGUCUCAGCAGAUGCUGGUGGACUGUUCCUGGGGUUUUGGCAAUAACGGCUGUGAUGGAGGGGAGGAAUGGAGGGCUUAUGAGUGGAUCAUGAAACAUGGAGGCAUCGCCACAACAGAAACCUAUGGAGCUUAUAUGGGAAUGAAUGGAUUUUGCCACUUGAACACCUCUGAGCUUACUGCACAUAUCCAGAGCUACACUAACGUCACGUCCGGUGAUGCAGAGGCUCUUAAGUUGGCGCUUUUUAAAAAUGGGCCGACGGCUGUCAGUAUUGACGCUUCACAUCGGUCUUUCGUUUUCUACAGUCACGGCGUUUACUAUGAACCUGCUUGCGGUAAUACCACUGAUGCAUUAGACCAUGCUGUGCUCGCAGUGGGAUAUGGCAACCUAAAGGGAGAGCCAUACUGGCUAAUAAAGAACUCAUGGUCCACCUACUGGGGCAAUGACGGCUACAUCCUCAUGUCUAUGAAGGAUAACAACUGCGGCGUCAGCACUGAUGCUACAUAUGUUACACUGGCAUAGAUGUAAUAUGUGUAACAUAAAGCUGUAUGUUAAUGCUGUUCAAUUCCUGUGAAUGCCACUAUGUGAGUGCCUGUGUGUAAAUUACUUAAUGUUUGCUGUUUUAGAUACGAUUAUUGUGUCAAUGCUUGAUAAUGAUGUGUUAAAUUUUGCUGUUGAAUGGUGUGUGACAGAAUUGAGAUGCUACACAACUAACACACAAGUCCGCUUUUUAAACAUGAUUUCAAUAAGUUUAUUGCUGGUGGCACAUCGGCACAGUGCCUUCACUUCGGGUGUACAAAGUAUAUUUGGUGAGGCUUCCACUUGUUCUUGUACUUUAUCACAUGAUGCAUUCAAAUGCACUAAGCUGAAAUUGUAAAGUUGUCAAUUCGUCCAUUCAGUGACAUUUCUGGUUAAUCUGACAUAGCACCAUGCUGUGGGUAGCAAUAAGGUAUGCUUUCUAAAUUCAUACAGUGGAUUACUAGUUAUAUCCCCUCCACAUGCAUGUACAUUCAAAGCAUACUGGCCUGAAAAUAAGAGAUUUUAAAUAAUAAAUUCCUUUAGCUUGAGUAACAUAUACCUGACCUAUGCUGCCAACCAACCAUGCCUGGAGUUUUUUUUUUUUUUAAAUGCACCAUUCAUUUAAAUACACGAUAAUAACAGCCCUUGUGAAAUGUACUAGAGAUUUCACAGAUCCAAUUCACUAUAGCAAGUCAUUUUUACAUCUGAUAUGAUAUAAUUUGUUAAAAACAGAAGAAAACAAACAUCUACAAAGUUGAAAUCACACCUUUACAUGCUGAUCAGUCACAUCCCAUAGUUUUCAUACAAAACUACAAAUUCACUACAUCAGUUAUGAAAAAGGCUACAUGAUGCAUAUUAAAGGUAACUAGUGCAUGCAAUCUCAAUUGACUAGUUUCAUAUCUCUUGGCUUAAGAAGGAGAAUAUAAAGACAAGUUUUUUUGCUUUUUCAAUACAGCAUUAUGACACAGCAAAGAUAUUUCACAGUCUACAGACACAGUCCACUUUUAUACAAAAAUAUUGUAAAAUAUGUGCUUUUAUGAAAUGAACAAAAUGUAAGAAAUCCUUCAAGUCCUGAAAAAUAUGAAGUCCUAAAACUUGCUGCUCAGCAUGAUUGUGUGUACUGAAAUAGAGAGUAGGUGGCAAUGCUGCUUUAAAGUCAUCUGAUAAAGUCUUGUCCAAUCUGAAUCUUCAGAAAUUUGAACUCUGCGUUGAUGGUUUAUAAAUAUGUACAAAUAUGCAAUCUGUUUGUCUGCAAAGGGGCUCUAUUCACACAGUCUCCCCACAUACGUCAAAUAUAUCAAAUCAACAUCAAAACUGGAAUAAAGUUAAACUUCUGGAAAAUGCA